GUUCCAGCGCCCCUGCUCCCGCUCCUGCUUCUCCUCUGAAGGGAAUGCAGCGGCUCCCCAGCCAUGCUGGGCUGCCCUGUGCCAGGUGGAGACGUCCCUGGUAGUUGGAUUUAGAGGGGACCAGGACUUCCUGCAGCGUGAGAGGGGGGCCCAGCCCUGCCUCCCCGCCCCCCUCCCAGCCCACUCAGGAUGCUGGCCGGCUGGAGAGAGAUCUCUGCAGGGAUUGGUGCCACGCUUUGCUGCCUCCUCUUCUUCUGGCUCUUGUAUUCUCAUCCGCCUAAGGAAGGGAAGGAGCUGGAGGUGGGGACGUGUGAGAUUACGGCGCUGAACAGAGACCUCAGCCACCCCAGGAGGAUGAUCGCCCGGCAGACAGCACGCUGUGCCUGCAGGAGAGGCCAAGUUGCAGGCACAACGAGGGCAAAACCCGCCUGUGUGGAUGCUCAGCUCAUUGCCAGUAAGCAGUGGUGUGGGAUGGAGCCCUGUGACGAAGGGGAGCAGUGCACUUUGUUAAUAAAUCGUUCAGGCUGGAGCUGCAGUAGAAGACUGGGCCGAAUAAAAACCGUCACAGUCUCCUGACAGCAGCAGCUGACAGCCCGAGCCUGGUGCCUCCACUCCUGGCUGCCGCAGCAGUACAAAUAUUGCCGUCCUGGGGCAAGGGGCCAGCCCCUCUGUCCGCAUCCCCGUGGGUCGGUCUCCUUGCAGCAGGGCCUGGCAAGUCUCUGCUUUGCAGCCCACACGCUGGACACAGAACCACCUGGGCCAAGGGCCUCGCUCUGUUGCCGGCUGGGGAUGAUGCCAAACAGCUGGAAAGACGUGUUGGGUUUAUCCCUAUCUAAUGGAUUUCUGUCACCCGGAGGGGUUUUAACUGAAAUGCAUCUUUCUGCAGAUCUUUUCAUUGUGAACAGAGGGAGCAGUCCCUUGGCACCCGGAGGGUUAAGGAGUGGGCAUAUUUGCUGCGGCUGGCUCACUAGGGAGCAGCCCAGGCUGAGAGACCCAAGGAGAGAUGGACGCAGACUGAUGUUUAACCACAGCGGAGCUGAGAGUUAGGGAUGUCUGUCCAUCACCUUGAAGCAAACUCUUUUGUAUUUCUCCUCCCCUCCCAAUCUCCAGAGAGUGAGAGGAUGCAGAGGGGACAGCGCCGGAGAGAAGGUGCUACGGUCAUCUCAUCUCUACCCCACUGGUUCACCUUCAGCCCUUUGGAGAGUCCCCUGAGGUUGUGGUGUUGUCUGAGCCAAGCCCCCACCGC